AUGGGUGUCGUUCUGAGGGAGUUGCGUAGCCAGAAGAUUCAGAGACGUCAGCAGCAGCCGGUUAGCCAUCCCAAGCAGAAAUUCCUGAUCGCUUUUGCCCUGGUGGCCGUGGCCAGCGCAGAUGUUUCGCAUCUGUUCUCGCACAGCAACAACCUGCAGGAUGAUGGAUACCACUAUGCCCCACCACGCGCCCCGGUCGUCAUCGAUGUGCCCUACGUGCCCCACGAGUCUGCCCCACCAGUAGUGGUCUACGAGGCCCCCAAGCCCAGGCCCACGCCCCCUCGUCCCGUCUACACCCCUCAGCCCGCUGGUGUCCUCAAGGACGAUGGCUACCACUACGCUCAGCCUUCCGUGAAAUUCGAGGUCGCUGCUCCUCCACCACCAAAGGUUGAGUACCUGCCUCCUCCCACCAAGAAGGUGGUGAUCGCCCCUCCCCCAGUGUACGUGCCACCCCCAACCAAGAAGGUCGUCGUCUACACCCCACCCCCACCACCACCACCGAAGAAGGUCGUGUACACCCCACCCCCAACUGGCAUCCUGAAGGACGAUGGCUACCACUACGGCCAGCCCUCUGUGAAAUUCGAGGUCUCUGCUCCCCCACCACCAAAGGUUGAGUACCUGCCUCCUCCUACCAAGAAGGUGGUGAUCGCCCCCCCCCCAGUGUACGUGCCACCCCCAACCAAGAAGGUCGUCGUCUACACCCCACCCCCACCACCACCACCGAAGAAGGUCGUGUACACCCCACCCCCAACUGGAAUCCUGAAGGACGAUGGCUACCACUACGGCCAGCCCUCCGUGAAAUUCGAGGUGUCCGCUCCUCCACCAAAGGUUGAGUACCUGCCACCCCCACCCACCAAGAAGGUGUACGUCGCUCCCCCAGUCUACGUGGCUCCACCCACCAAGAAGGUGGUUGUGUACACCCCCCCCCCACCACCACCACCAGUGUACGUCCCACCCCCAACCAAGAAGGUCGUCGUCUACACCCCACCCCCACCACCACCAAAGGUGUACGUGACCCCCAAGGUCGAGUACUUGCCCCCCGUGCAGAAGGGAUACAGCUACCCCAACGACCCCCAGCCCGCGUUCAACUUCUAG